CCGUUGAAGCCCCGCUGUCGCAAAGUGUCGGGCUGUCCUGCCCUGCUCUGCGCUACGCGGCCGGGCGCCGCGGGCCGUGCCCGGAGCCGAGAGCUGCCGCCAUGGGCGGCGGGCGCUGAGCGCGGCCCGAUGGAGGAGGAGGAGGAGAGCAUGGAGGAGGAAGGCGGCGGCGGAGGAGGAGGAGAGGCCGCGAUGGACGACCAGAACCACAACAACUGGGGCUCCGGCGGCGGCUACGGGCGGCAUCUGCUCGGGGACCGGCUCCUGCGCGGCCCCGCGGGGUCCCCGCCGCUGCCCGGGGCGGUCGAGGCCAACGGCGUGCUGCGGGGCGGCGAGACCCCGGGGGGCGCCCACAGGGGGGCGGCCGGGCCUGGGGCCGGCGCCGGGGCCAUCGCCGCCGCCAUCAACAUCAACGCCUCCACCUCCAAGUUCCUAAUGAAUGUUAUAACAAUUGAAGACUAUAAGAGCACAUAUUGGCCAAAGUUGGACAGUGCCAUAGAUCAGCUUUUAACUCAGAGUCCUGGUGACUACAUCCCUAUCUCCUAUGAACAAAUAUACAGUUGUGUGUAUAAGUGUGUAUGCCAGCAGCAUUCGGAACAGAUGUAUAGUGACCUAAUAAAAAAGAUAACUAACCACUUAGAGAGAGUCUCAAAGGAGCUGCAGGCCAGCCCUCCAGAUCUCUAUAUUGAAAGAUUUAACGUAGCUCUUGGACAGUAUAUGGGAGCAUUGCAGAGCAUUGUGCCUCUUUUCAUAUAUAUGAAUAAAUUUUACAUAGAAACCAAGCUUAACAGAGACUUAAAAGAUGACCUUAUAAAGCUGUUUACGGAACAUGUUGCAGAAAAGCACAUUUACAACCUAAUGCCUUUACUUUUGGAAGCUCAGUCAACACCGUUUCAAAUAACUCCGUCAACCAUGGCAAACAUUGUAAAAGGCCUGUAUACACUAAGACCAGAAUGGGUACAGAUGGCACCAGCUUUAUUUUCUAAAUUCAUCCCAAACAUUCUACCCCCUGCAGUGGAAUCUGAGCUUCAAGAAUAUGCUGCUCAAGACCAGAAACUUCAAAGAGAACUUAUGCAGAAUGGAUUUGCUAGAGGUGACCAGUCACGCAAGAGAGCUGGAGAAGAGCUAACUUACAAUGGCUCAUCAACUUGUGCAAGCUCCAGAGGGUACAGAUAGUGAAUAUACUGGAUCAGCUUCUAUGCCUAGCCAGAACAGACACUGGAGGAGCACAGGAGGUAACUGGAGCCUCCUUUGGCAACUGCUGAUACUCAAGCUCUGACACAAACUAUGCCUCAAAGAAGAGUUUUGGACUUUCUUCUUUAUAUGAUAAAAUGUCAGUUGCUGCUAUAAUUGGGAUGACUUUGAAAGACAUGUUUCCUUGGUCUAGUCUCUCAACAAGUUAAUGCUCUGCGAUUAUUGUGAGGAACGCACCUUGAAAAAUAAUCCUUUCAAAGUGGGAAUGGGCAGCCAAAAUCAGCAGCUUCCAAAAGCGUUAGAAUGGAAGAACCUUUUUUGCACUCUUUUCUUAAUAUUAAGGACAUUCUUAAAACUAGUUAACACGUCAGUGUAUUAGUUUUUAAACUUCAAGGUAUUUUCUGGAUCUUUUACUUAAAUAAUAAGAAUAAAGUUUCGUUAUUUUGC